CCUACAUCUUCGUACCCUUGUAACUCCUUCACGUUGCUCCUUUCUCCCCAUGAAGCAUUUGGGAUCAAAUGCUUGGCCUCACUAUGCCAUUUUUAGGGUUUUGAGGGCUCGCUUUUGUAGCAGUGAAGCCACAAGAAAAUCUUAUGCGCCAACUGAAGACUCUUUGUACCGUCGGAUUUCCCGCGCUGGAAAUCCGAGGGCUUCAAUAGCUGCCGUGCUGGACCAAUGGAUCGACGAAGGGAAAGAAGUGAAGCAAGAUGAGCUUCGGGUGUUCAUCAAGGAGCUUCGAAAGUACCUUCGGUUCCGGCACGCCCUCCAGAUUUCUGAGUGGAUGAGCUAUCAAAGAAACCAUGUGCUAUCAACGUCAGAUAUUGCUGUUCGACUGGAUUUAGUAUCAAGAGUUCAUGGCCUAGAGCCUGCGGAGAAGUAUUUUGAUAGUAUUCCUGAAACUAUGAGAGUCUUUCAGGUUUAUGGUUCUCUUUUAAACUGUUAUGCACACCAUAGGUCUUUAGAAAAAGCAGCCACUAUGCAAAAGAUGAAAAAGUUUACAUUAAUAUCAUCAUUGUCUUACAAUGUGAUGUUAAAUCUCUAUGCUCGGCUUGGAAAAUAUGAGAAGCUAGACGUUCUAACACAAGAGAUGGAAGAAAUGGGCAUCAGUUGGGACAAGGUCACUUACAACAUCAUAUUGAAUGCUCAUGCAACCACUGCUGAUGUAGAGGAAAUGGAGAAACUUUUAAUGAAGAUGGAAGCUGAUGCCCUUAUCUCUGUGAACUGGAGUACUUAUGUUGUUGUUGCAAAUGGUUUCUUGAAAUCUGGCUUGAAAGAAAAAGCUUUGACAAUGCUGAAGAGAGCGGAGCAAAGAACUUAUGGUAUCUCUAGAAGGUUAGCGUAUGAAAAUAUCCUCACUUUAUAUGCUGCUUGUGGGGUUAAAGAUGAAGUGUAUCGUUUAUGGGAAUUGUACAAGAAUAUUGGAAAGCUUGUAAAUUCAGGCUACCUAUCUAUGUUAAGCUCACUAGUGAAGUUGGAUGACAUUGAUGGUGCUGAGAGGCUUUUGGUGGAGUGGGAAUCUGGGACCACAGUAUUUGACAUUCGAAUUCCAAAUUUGAUGAUUCGUGCUUAUUGCCAAAAGGGUCUUCUGGAAAAGGCUGUAGCAUAUCUUAAGCGGCUUACGGAGAGUGGGAAAGAGCUGGAUGCUCUACCAUUGGACUGUGUGGCAACUGGAUAUUUUAUAAAUGGACAGAUAGUGAAGGCUGUGGAAACAAUGAAGGAAGCAUUUUUGGCUCGUCGGCCUGGAUGGAAGCCCAACCAAAAUACAUUAGCAGCGUGUGUGAAGUAUAUGAAGGGUCAGGGAGAAGAGGAAGGUGCCGAAGAGAUUUUGAAGUCACUGAAGGAGGAGGGUUAUAUAUCAUCCAUCCUUGCUUUAUGAUCAAUUGCUUCAUGCCGUUAAUGGAUUCCUUAGCUCCAGAGCCCUUGAUCAAAUUGGAUAGGGAUGAUAGCACUCUUGAUGGCGAAGCACAUAAAGUCAUGAAGUUAAGGAUGAGAACUGUAGUUGAUACAGAAUGAUGAUGCCUCUUUCACCGGAGCCGAUAUUUGGACAAUACAACCUAUUUCCCCGAUGCAAAAGCUAGAAUCCAUGAAGCCCCAGAAAAAGUUGACUAUGAUCUAGCUACCAUGUUCAUAGAGUUGUAUUGUAAGAUACAUGGUCUGGACUCUGAUUGAAUUGAUUUCAGUGGAGAAUGUGAAUUGAUUUAUCGAUUUUUGGGUUUAUA